UCGGGUGAAAUACAUUGGGGCUUCUGUAUGCAUUGAAGCUGAUAACAGGGUCAUAUUGGGGAAGAUACCAACAUCUGAUGGUCUGACAAAUGCUUAUACCAUUAUUCGUGGCAGGCCUUUAUCAAAUGGUCAACGUGGAGAGGUAUAUGAGGUGGAAGGUGAUCGAGUUGCUGUCAUUUUGGAUAUUGAUGAAAAAAAUGCUACCGAAGGAGAGGAGGAUAAACUCAAAGAGCCUAUAAAACCUCCAAUUUAUUGGAUAGAUGUUAAGGAGAUAGAGCAUGAUCUUGACACUAAGGCAGAAGAUUGCUAUGUUGCAAUAGAGGCUUUAUGUGAGGUUUUGAGAUCCAUGCAACCCCUCAUAGUCUAUUUUCCAGACUCUUCUGAAUGGUUGUCUAGGGCAGUUCCCAAGUCAAAACGUAAGGAGUUUGUGAAUAAGGUGCAGGAAAUGUUUGACUUAUUAUCAGGUCCGGUUGUUUUGAUCUGUGGGCAGAACAAAGCUGAAUCCGGGUCGAAGGAGAAAGAGAAAUUUACGAUGAUACUUCCAAAUUUUGGGCGCCUUGCUAAGCUGCCUCUCCCUUUAAAGCAUCUUACAGAGGGUCUUAAGGCAACAAAGAGAUCUGAUGAUAACGAAAUAUAUAAGCUCUUCAAUAAUGUUUUGUGCAUACACCCCCCCAAGGAGGAGGAUCUCCUUAGAACAUUCAAUAAACAGGUUGAAGAAGACAGGAGGAUUGUGAUAACACGAAGCAAUGUGAAUGAAUUGCAUAAGGUUCUUGAAGAACAUGAGCUGUCAUGCAUGGACCUAUUGCAUGUAAAUACAGAUGGUGUGAUAUUGACAAAAAGAAAAGCCGAGAAAGUUGUUGGCUGGGCUAAAAAUCAUUACUUGUCGAACUGUCUGCUUCCAUCGAUAAAGGGGGAAAGAUUGUAUCUACCACGUGAAAGCCUUGAAAUAUCAAUUUUGAGGUUGAAGGAGCAAGAAGCUAUAUCUCGAAAGCCCUCACAAAGUUUGAAGAACAUUGCAAAGGAUGAAUAUGAGAGCAACUUUAUUUCAGCAGUGGUACCCCCUGGUGAAAUUGGUGUCAAGUUUGAGGAUAUAGGUGCUUUGGAAGAUGUGAAGCAGGCACUAAAUGAACUUGUCAUUCUUCCAAUGAGGAGACCGGAGCUGUUUUCUCAUGGAAACUUGUUGCGGCCUUGCAAAGGAAUAUUACUUUUUGGGCCUCCUGGAACUGGGAAAACUCUCCUUGCGAAGGCUCUUGCAACAGAAGCGGGGGCAAACUUUAUCAGCAUAACUGGUUCGACUCUUACAUCAAAGUGGUUUGGAGAUGCUGAAAAGCUUACCAAGGCUCUCUUCUCCUUUGCCAGCAAGCUCGCUCCUGUCAUUAUAUUUGUUGAUGAGGUUGACAGUCUGCUUGGUGCUCGCGGUGGUUCCUUUGAGCAUGAGGCGACUAGAAGAAUGAGAAACGAGUUCAUGGCGGCUUGGGAUGGAUUGAGGUCGAAAGACAGCCAAAGAAUCCUCAUUCUAGGUGCCACAAAUCGGCCUUUUGACCUUGAUGAUGCUGUCAUUCGUCGCUUACCAAGAAGGAUAUAUGUGGACUUACCAGAUGCUGAAAAUCGUAUGAAGAUUUUGAGAAUUUUUCUUUCGCAAGAGAAUCUAGAACCCGAUUUUCAGUUUGACAAACUUGCUUACGCAACAGAGGGAUACUCCGGUAGUGAUUUGAAGAAUCUCUGUAUUGCUGCAUCAUAUAGACCUGUCCAAGAACUUUUAGAGGAAGAAAAGAAGGGAGGUAAAAAUGAUGUAGCUCCAGUCUUAAGAUCACUUGGUUUGGAUGACUUUAUUCAGUCAAAAGCCAAGGUUGGGCCAUCAGUUGCCUAUGAUGCUACAAGCAUGAAUGAGCUGAGGAAAUGGAAUGAACAGUAUGGAGAAGGUGGAAGUAGGAGAAAAUCACCAUUUGGUUUCGGAGACUAAUUUUACAGGUGUUCCAUUAAUUUAUUCUUGUGGAAGAAAAGCCCCGAGUCUGUUUCAAAAUUUUUUUUUUCCCCUUUUUUCUGGGGCCUGGUAGUAUUUGAUGUAUUCCUAGGAGGAAAUUUCUUCUUCAUCCUUUUUAAGCGGAUGAGAGAGAGGCCUUGUUUUGUAAUGUCAUGUAGUGCAGCUGUUCUAUAGAGUAUAAAGAAUAACACCCUCCUCCCCCCCCCUCCCGUCCCGGCUCUUUUUCCAUUCAAAUUUUCCAGCAUUAGUAGUGCCAUGUCUGAUAGUGUUAAGAUUACACAAUUUUUGUUUUUAUUAUUUUUUUAAUGAUAAGGUAUUCAAUAAUUUUGAACA